AUGGACCAAGACUUGACACCAGCAGAGAUUCUUCGGAGGAAGAAGGAAGCAUACUUCUCCCAGCGCCUAGUAGAACAGCAACGGCAGCUUGCUCGCAAUGAUGAUGUCACAUCGUCAACGGGGGAGGCCGGCGCAGCCUCUUCUGUCUCAGAUGAGAACGUAUUGGAGCAAAUCACUGCAAGGAUAACCAGCAAGCUCAAGGAUGAGCUGAAGAAAGAACUUGCCAAGGAGGAGAAGGAGAUAAGCCAACAGAAAGAUCGGCAGCAGGGUGAGAUGGAAUGUUUCUUGGCCGGCGAACUGGAGCAAGCAACAUGCCCCAUCUGCUAUGAGCUUAUGAAGGCCCCAAAGAACACUCCAACCCUUCUGUUUCCUUGUGGACAUACUUUUUGCAUUCAGUGCUUAAAUUCUCACAUCAAGCUCAACAGCAGAGGAACUUGUCCAUAUUGUCGCGUGAAGAUUCAGAACCAGGCUCCAAACCUUCAGCUACAACAGCUCAUCGACGGUUUUGCUGGAAGGAAAGAUGAAAUCAUCAAGAAGGUGGAGAAAGUAACCCGAGAUGCUGCGGAUGCUGCGGAAUCCAGGAACUCCUUUUCGUUAAGAAACGUAUCCUCAUCGGACAGGGAGCAACUGGAAGACUACAGGCGAGAAUGGCGGACUGUAUCCAUGCGUUUCCGCAUAUACGCGAAUGAAGCGAACGAUUGCGAUUCAGAAAUCAAGGACAUGGAGUCAAAGCUGCAAGCGACAAGAAUAGUGAGGAAGCAUCUGCACGGUGAGCUGGAAGACGCUUUCAAACGGAUGCAGAAACUGCAGGAGGAAAUCGACUUCAUUGAAUCACAGCUACAACAGCAGAAAGAGAAAGAGAAAGAUCUGGAUGCAGAGAUCGUGGCUAAAAGGAAGAGGAUGAAUUUAGUCAACGCGACGAAGGAAUCGCUGGAGAUGGAGAGGGCGAAAAUUCGUCUCCUCGUAGAGCACAGCAUUCCCGGCAAUGUCGAUGCUUUUCUUGAGAGCUGA